CGUGACUUCAUAUAUUUGACUUGUAAAUUAUAAUUCGAUCUGUGUCCUUCUUUGAAUCGACACAAACAAGCGAAAGCUAUUUGAAGGGAAAGUAAUUCAAAAGUACCAGUUAUCUAAAAGAUAUAUAUAAACAAGAAACCAAUGGCUUUGCACAUAACUUUAGCUGUCUUUUCUGGUCUUCCUGAUCCAGAAUGGCAAAUCAAACAGGGUGACCCAAACUACCAACAAAUCUACGAUGCUUUCCAAGAUGCCAAGAAAAACAAGUUCACGCUACCAUCUAGCAAAAUGCCAUCUCGACUUGGCUACAAGGGUUUACUUAUCCGAGUGGACCGUCAAGGCCCAACUAGUUUAAUUCUUGGCCCAAAGACAAAGGAACUACAGAAGCUGUUACUUCAAACAGCUCCAAGUAGCGUCUCUAAAAGCCUGGUUGACGAAAUUAUAGAAUCUAUCGACAAAGGAGAAAUGUAAUGGGAUUAUAGCCAAUGGAAGCAAAAGCAACCUCAAAUGAAAAGAUACUUCACUAAAUCUAAUUAUGAGAAUAUACUUUUAGGGCUUUUUUAGUGUUUGUUACUUAUAGAAUUAUAGAAAUUGAUUGUUGGAUAUUUCUUUAGCUAAUGAAUACUUACUCCUCUUCAAUAAAUAUAGACAUAGUAAACUUUUUUUUUCAGUUUAAAAA